ACCUCGCCUUUCAUUUGUGAUUGGGCCUUCCCAAUCCUUCCCCAAACCGCCAGACAUCCUCACCACAUUCAAAAAUUCCCUCCACUGGUCAACUUUACUAAUGGAAACCAGAGACCAUCCUUCUUCUUCAUCUCCAUCUCCAUCUCCAUCUCCAUCCAUCUUCUCCGUGCCAGAAUGGGAUUGGGACCAACCAAUGACACAACAGCAACUCGAAGAACUGGACGCCAUUGAAUCUGCAUUUCGCUCUCAAACUUCCUCCUCAACCCCAACUUCCCAAGAGGCCGACGAUCGCCGGAAAAUCCGCCGCCGCUUGCCCAAUUCUAUUGGCUCUAACCGAUGUCCCAGCGCGUUCAAGGGCAGAGAUUUAAAUUCGUUUUCACUGUCUCCUUGCCCCACAAACCGAUUCUUGAAUCUACUUCAUUCUCCUUGUCAAGAAAACUUUAAGAUGAGAUUGCCAAAAAUGAAUUUUGGAGGCCACAUUGUAUAUUCCAGAACUGUUACUGAAGUAGAGAAAGCAACAGCGGAGCUUUUAAAGAUUGUUGAAACUAAGAAGAAGGAAAUGGGGCAAGCCAUUCUUGGAUUUGACAUUGAGUGGAGACCCACCUUUAGAAAAGGUGUGUCACAAGGGAAGGCGGCAGUUAUGCAGAUAUGUGGGGGUAAUAGUCAUUGUUACGUCAUGCAUAUUAUUCAUUCUGGAAUCCCGCAAAACCUGCAAUCUCUACUUGAGGAUCCUACAUCCAUAAAGGUUGGAGUUGGCAUUGCCAAUGAUGCUGUUAAGGUUUUCAAAGAUCAUAGUGUAUCUGUUAAAGAUUUGGAAGAUCUAUCCUAUCUUGCUAAUCAAAAGCUUGGUGGAGAUGCAAAGAAGUGGGGUCUUGGAUCUCUAACGGAAAUGCUUAUUUCCAAACAGGUUAAUUCUAUGUACCUCUUUGGGGAGAGUUUUCUUUGCCAUCUUAAUUCUCUAUGUUCUUCUCUGAGGAUAUUUUUCUCUGCCAUCUUCGAACAGCUUCUUAAGCCCAACAAAAUAAGAUUGGGAAACUGGGAGGCUGAUGUUUUAUCAAAGGCCCAACUAGAGUAUGCUGCUACAGAUGCUUUUGCCUCAUGGUACCUAUAUGAGGUACUAAAGAGCUUCCCAGAUACAGCCGAAAACAAAAUUGAGGAACUGGAAGGAAAAGGCCUCAACCCCACUAUUGUCAUCACACCAUAGUGGUGCGAGUUUGUCACUGGGAACCAUUGCUCUAUUGCCUCAGAUUCAGGGACUGCAAGCUAAUUUAAUGUUUGAGCACAGGGCUGGAGUUGUGCUUUAUACUCCCUAUUUUUUAGGGUAUUAUUUUCAAAGAGACUUUCAUUUUUUUGCCUGAAUCCAUUUAUCUUUUCCAGAACAUUGGAAAAUUGUAUUUCUUUGUUUCCUGUGAUUUAAUAGCACUACAGCAGUAAGCUAAGCAGUUAUUGGACAUUGAAAGUCAACAUGUAUCUGCUUCAAUUGCCAGUGAAAGUCUGCAAUUACUUACCCUGCAAAUAUAAUUGUAUUUCAGUUUAUGAAUAUGCAAGCCAAGUUUUUGGCUCAGAAGUUUUGUAUAUUAAUACAGCUUUUGCAUAUAACUAUGAAGAUAAUUCAAGUUUAUCAGUGAA